AAAAAGUUAAAAGCCAUGUUGAAGCUGGUGAUUCUGGUUCUGCCCCUCCUGGUCCACUCAGCCCCGGUCAGACCGUUCCUCCCGCUGGACUGUGAGGACCUUUAUAAUAACGGUUCCGUCCACAACGACGUUUACACCAUCUACCCGGCGGGAGCUGAGAAACCGGUUCAGGUCUUCUGCGAUAUGGGCUGCACCGAGGGUGGCGGUCAUGUGGAGGAGAGAUGGACGGUGAUUCAGAGGAGGGUGGACGGCAACCUUAACUUCAACAGACCGUGGCAGCAGUAUAAGGACGGGUUCGGAGACGCCAGCGGAGAAUACUGGCUGGGUCUGGAGAACAUCUUCAUCAUGACGUACAGGGAGCGGUACGAGCUCCGGGUGGACAUGGAGGACUUCGAACAGGGCACCGCCUACGCCCAGUACACCUCUUUUUACAUCGACCCCGAAUCGCAGAGUUACACACUGCACAUCAGCGGCUACAUCAACGGAGGAGCAGGGGAUCCCCUGAGCGCGGUGAACGCCGUCAUCUUUUCCACCCCGGAGCGCAGCCCCUACGGCCAAUGCGCCGACACCUACCUGGGGGGCUUCUGGUACACCUGCUGGCCCACCACCGGCCUAGCCAACCCCAACGGCCUGUACAAGUGGGUGAACGUGCCCGGGUCGACCCCGAACAUCGGGGUCCUGUGGGGCAGCUGGAAGCCCGGGUACUCUCUGAAGAAGAUGGCGAUGAAGAUCAGACGGGUGACGCUGGCUGAUCUUCAGAACCUGUAAAGUGUCUGUCUGAUGACGUCAUAAUCCCUCUCUUUACUCAGCGUUAGCUUCGGGAGUGGGUGUGGUUCUCUGUAACGACGAAUAUUAAUAAUAAAUAAUAAUAAAUAAACAAUAA